AUGAUAUCGAGCCAGCUGGCGGCGGGGACAUGCGAGAUUGUGACGCUGGACAGGGACAGCAGCCAACCGCGGCGGACCAUCGCCAGGCAGACGGCCCGCUGCGCCUGCAAGAAGGGCCAGAUCGCGGGAACCACGAGAGCCAGACCCGCCUGCGUGGACGCUGCCAUUGUUCGGAAAAAGCAGUGGUGCGAGAUGCUGCCGUGCUUGGAGGACGAGGGCUGCGACCUGUUAGUCAAUAAAUCCGGCUGGACUUGUACGCAGCCCGGGGGCCGAGUCAAGACAACCACAGCUCUAUGACGCGACGAGACUCUCCCUCCACAUUCUUGCACUAAGGAGAACAUUGACGACCCCCUUGACAGGCAGCCAGACACCACCCGCCACCGCCACUUUACCGCCACCAUCACGAGCCCGCCCGUUCCCUGGAAGCCGUCCAUCCUGCACCGUGGUCCUCACGGCGGCGGAAAGGUCUCGUAACACCAAAAGAGCACGAAAAAGGGAGCGUUUGCGGGAAUCCCCACACCCCCACCCCCACACCACCAACCUUUCCCCCCUACCAGGACAGUGGGUCAACGACUCGCAGCAAAACACUGUUCCUUGCGAGCAGGCUUUCUGACUUCUCCCACCCAGUGCCGUGUCCUUUGGGUCAAUAUGAUCUGCCUGCUCUGUACUUCUGCCUGCUCUGUCCAAUUAGCAGCUUUCGCCUGUCGCUGCGGCGGGUCGGACUCCUGCGAAAUGUCAGGGGAGAUCUGCGCCCCCCCCAUCCGAAGUCCUCGGAACUGCUUUGAAGAUGAGAAUUCCCCGCAUUUCUAGAACAUCAGCGGGGGCGCUAGGGAUCCUUUGGCGAAGUGAGCGCUCUCUAAUGAAAAUAGGCCUUCUGCUGGAGCAGACCUCACGUAUUUUUUAUAGACCAAAGAGCUAAAGAACAAAUGCGAGCCGAGUGGCCCAAGUGGACCCUCGCUGCUUGCGUGAGCCGUGGACACCUUGCGUUGACCGGCAUCCGCACGGAUCAGAGGAGUACUUUUGACCGUUUCCUGACUUUUCUUUCCUCGGACUGAGCCCAACACUGUACUUCGGAACUGGAGAUAUAGGUACUACAUACAUAUAAUUGUGUAUCGAGAAUUAAAAAAAAAAAAAAAAACAAUUAAAAAAAAAAAUUUAGAUGCGACGGUCGGGCCAGCUGGUUGUGUUGGCGAAUGAAAAAAAAAAAAAAAAGAAACACGAAUGAAAAGACGACGUAAAGAAAUGUCAUUAAAUGUAUUUUGAAAGGCCCUAAAAGUUAUAUAUUUAACAGUUUUUAUAUGUUGUACCUUUGUAGAGAAGCCUAUUGGACUUGUGGUCACAAUGACAAUUAGGAUGUGAACAAACGCUGUUGUGUUCUCAUUACCGCUGGAGCUCGUCGUCUUGGGUUUUUUUUUUCCCGUUCACAAGCUCACUAGCUGCUUUCUUUUCAUGCUCAUUUCCAAGUCACUGUCCAGCAAAAAAAAAAAAAAAAAAAAAAAAAGAAAAGAAAAAGGAAAUCCUGAGGACUGACCCUGCCGCUGACUCAACAUUGUAAGUGUCUAGUAGUCAGUGGAAGCCAUUCAAGACUGCUAAUUUGCUCUGAUAUUGUAUUGUACACAAUGUGGAAUACUGACCCUUUUCCUCUCGAA